UUCAUAGCUGUUGAUGGAGCCACUCAAUCUGGUGCCGUCGCCGGGCUGAGAAGUGCAAGCAGUCGCAGUGACAGCCCAGCUGCUCCCCCGUCGAGGGUGAGGAGUUUCAAUUCAGAUGACCUGAACGCCCCUUUGAAAAGUCCCUUGUCGUCCCCAAUCAGCAAUGGUUUAGAUAACGAGCAAACCUCGAGUGAGGCCAGGUCAGGCGACAUGGUGGAAACAGUGAUCACACAAGUGACCUCCCCCGAAAAGGGUGGAAAGCCCCAGGCUAAAGAAGCAGCGACCCCUCAUAAGGAAAGCGACCCUACCUUGACCGUCUCUGCUGCGCCAUCCCCGAAGAAGACGCAGGCAAUUACCAAGCGGCCGUCCACCAUCCAGGUGGAUAAAGUUACACCCAAUCAAUCUGCGUCCAAGUCGACGUCUACGACCCUGAAAUCUGCGGCACAUCCGCGGACUCCAACAUCUCCUGCCAAACCCGACCAUGCUAAGGCCUCUAAGCCGGCACGCUCCCCCAGACCUCCUGCUACCAGAGACUCACCCAAAGUUCCAACCACCAAGCCAAGCCGUUCAUCUCUGAACACGACAGCCAAGACUGCUACACGACCUGUUCGCUCUUCCAUGCCGGCACGCGAGGCAACCAAGUCGACAGCGACGAGUGCAGCCCGCACUAACAAGCCGGAGCCAAGACCGCCAACCAAGCCGGCUCGUCUGCCAGCUUCGGCAACGACAUCAACUCUAUCAUCGGCCGCUAGAGGAGGUGCUACUGGAACAACAACCGCUAGCCUAUCCCGGAAGCCGUCAAGUUUGAAGAAUGCAACGAGUGGGACCUACCGCACGACUACUACUUCCAGCGUUCGCAAGCAGACAUCCCAACCUUCUCUCCAACGUCAAUCAGCACAUGAGCGCCCGCAUUCCCGAGUAAGCAACACUAGUUCUAAGGCAGUUGACGAAGGAUUUCUGGCCAGAAUGAUGCGCCCCACCGCUAGUUCUGCUAGCAAAGCUCAUGAGAAGGUUGAAGUGAAGAGUCCACCCCGGUCUUCCCGGGUGACUCGGGCUCCGGCAAGACCAGUUGCUUCGAAGACGGAGGCCCACAAAUCGCGCCCAACGAAGGAGAAGAGUGUGGCUAGAAAGCCACAGGAGAAGCCGCAGCCAGUGUCUAACGAGAAAGAAGAGCCGCAGGCAAAGGCAGUUGAUCCCAAAGAGGAUACUGCACAUGUGGAUGUUAUUGAGCCUCACUCCAAAGUUGCAGACGAGCCUGUUCAUGCGGUUAUCGACUCAUCAGUUGUUACAGUCGAGAAGGAACGCGCAACUGAGAAGCAGUUGGCGGAUUUGCCCGUCGAGCCCUCAGUAGCUUCUGAAAAUGCACCAGUUGAACCCUCUGUUGAGCUGGAGCAUCCUAUUCAAGCCGCAAAGGUCCCCGAAGAACAGACUCUUGCCAUUCCACCAACUCAAGAACCCACCAUCUCUGCCGACGAGGCGGUAGACUCCCAGAGCGUCGAGCCCUCUGAGCUUUCUCGCAUUGAAGAGACCAAGGAACAGACUGGUGUUGAGUCUCCAGCUGCUACUGCUGAAGUGAAGCCAACUGAGAAUGUUACUGAGACAGAGGUCAAGGCAGACGACGUUGAUGUCGACGUCGGCAAGCUGUCUCUCAACUGAAGAGCGAGCACAACCAAGACAAUCAUGAUGUUACAUGAAUGUCUAUAUUUACAUCCAUACUUCGUUUCUUGUGACUUAUAUAUUCUUCAUACCCGUCUUAUUCGUGAUGCGACCUGAUACAUGUUAUCGUCUACAGGUUCCCUUUUUUAGCCUUCUUUGGUUUACUUGUGCUGUCUUUUUUUAUCUUUUUUAUUUUUUUACUUAUUAUUUUCUGUUUCGAAAGCAUCUCAUUCACAGUAUGAGCAGGGCCGACGAUGUAUGCAUGUCGGAGCAUUUUCUGGUGGAGUUCUAGAUUCCAGUUGCUUUUAGCGUUAGGGCUUGCAUAUUAUCCCACUUGCAUAUGUACUUGGGGGGAGUCUAAUCAGGUUCUUGUUUCUUUUCCGCCCGUUUCCCUUUGAUUCGCCUAUUUUACUUUUUUUUUUUUU